AGUGUAUUUAUAUUUCCUAAAUUACUCUCCAGGCAUCCAGUGAUACUAGAUGCCGGUGCUGGUAGGAAGAGCGCUGUGAUCAGAUUUGUAUCGCACGUAUCGCUUUCAUGUAAAAGUCAGAGACCCAAGCUUUCUAAUUUUCAGUGGCAAUGGAAACCAGAGCCCCAUCUUUAAAGAUGCAUGAGACGUCUUGAUCCACGGAGAAUAGGGAUGGAGGCUCUGUCAGAGAAAGUGUUCCUGUGUCAGAGAGUGAAAGUGAGGAAGAGGAGAGGUUUCCACAGAUGAUAGCGAAGUUGCCAGUGGCAGUGAGGGCCCUGAGGCCUCCGCCUGCCGAAUGAACCCCGUCAGCGUCGGGGAGUACCACGGACUGCGGGUGGGCUCGUCCCUGCUCGGCAUCGUGUCGGGCUGCAUCAUCAUCGGGGUGUCUAGGGAAUGUGACGCCGAUGCUGUAGGAGGGAUCUUCCUGGGAGCGGGAGGCCUCGGCCUGCUCAUAGCAAUCUACCCCUUCAUUAAAGCCUGGCUGAACAUCAACAAUAUUCUUCCAUCCUUUGGAAACUUCAGAGUGCACCCCACUGCUAAUGUCGCUCCUGAUCAACUUGUAGAGACAAUAAGAAGAGAAAGGACUCAGAGUCAACUCAACCUGGAGCGCUCCAAGAGUCGAAUGGGAACCUUUGUGGAGGGCGGACCGAUGGCUGAGGCCAACCCAGAUGAAGGGACUUCAGACCUGCCAGACAUCUUAUCUAGACGGAAACUUAAGCAGCCUACUGGAGAUCAAGACCUGCCAUGACGUCAACAUAUGCACAACCUUGCUAAACCUUCUUUCUUAGGUUUCUUUAAAAGAAGAUGAUCUCUUGUAGACCUCUUAUCUCCUGAACCUGCUCGCUUGUCGAGAUUGUUUUUAUGGCCUAAUAAACCCCUCCCAAGAUUAUAUUGUUUUUGCUUGAAAAACUAUUUCAGAACUUCCUUCCAAUGAGUGAAGCAAAUACACCCAGUAAUUUGAAUUGCUUGCAGCUCAUAUCAUCAUCUCACAA